AACUUGCCUGGAUCAGGAACUGACUUUUCUGCUGUGGCUCUUGGUGACUACAUUUAUGUUCUCAUGCCUAAUCAUUCUGUCCAUCGGCUGAAAUACUCAGAUCGUGAAGCUACUUGGGAGAGAAUGAAUAAUAUGAUGUAUAACCAUGGAGAGUAUCCUCCUGUUGCUGUUUUGUCUGGAAACCUCUACGUUGUUGGUUCUUUCGGUAAUUACUCAAAAUCAGUUGAAAUGUUCGAGCCAUCAAGCAACAAAUGGGAAAAAGUAAAAGACAAAAAUCUCAACAGUCGUUAUUCAACAGCACUGGGUGCUAGAGGUUGUAUAUACAGCAUUGGUGGAGUUGUAACACGUUGUUACACAAACAAAGUAGAAAGAUUUGACCCAACAUCAUCAACUUGGUCAUUUGUUGCAUCCAUGAAUGGAGCGAAAGACGAUGUCGCGGCUGUUGAAAAUGAAGGAAAAAUAUAUGUUCUAGGUAUGUUGGAGUUUGUUGCUAAAAAUGUGGAUGGCAAACAUCACUUGUCAACUGUUGAACGAUAUGAUAUUUCAACAAACGUGUGGUCCACGGUAACUCCCAUGUUAACGAAGCGGAGCUGGUUUAGUGCUUUUGUGAUUGAUUCAGAUAUUUACGCAGUUGGAGGAAGGAACAGUUCACGGAAGCAGGAGAAGUUUGAUUUCAAGAAGAAAUCGAUGGGAGAUGAUUGA